UUUGCUGUUUUUAGAAGAACAAAACGUAUUUGUUAACAAUGUAUUUGAUCUGUUAAAAAUUAAAAAAAAAAAUUUGUUAUGUGAAGAACCCAAAGGAUUUUAACCAUUAAAGUAUAAAUUCAUAUACGAAUCGACUUUUUUUUUAUUUGGCUGUAUAUAAAUAAGAUACUUUUCACAAGAUUUUAAAACAUUGAUUUUUAUAAAUAAUCGAGAUCGUCUAAACACAACCACGAAAACAUCCACCUUCGUAGAAUCCAACAACCAUGAGUAGAAAAUCAUCGACAUUCACCAUCACACUGCAAAUAAAAUCAAAAACCCUUAACGCAAAUCGAAAAUAAACAAUUUUUAAAUGAUUUUAAAAAACGAUUUCCAUUUAAUCUUAAGUACAUUUUUAUGACGGCAGCCUUAAAUAUCGUGUUUUGUACAACAUAAUUAUUAUGUCUAUUAUCAAUGAAAGUAGGUCAAUAAAGUUAGCACCAGCAUCAUUGAGCCUAAAACAAACGUUACUUAUUCGAUAAACCCAAAAAAAAACCAAAACAAUUACAAUUUUAUAUAUACGAAAAAUUUUCGAUUCUUUUUUUUAAAUGACAAAAAAUGGACAUUAUUAAGAAUGAAAAUAUGUUAUGUAAUAGGCAACCAGCCGUCACUACGACCAUGGUCAAUAACAACAACAAUCAAACAUCAUCUUCGUCACGUGACCAACAGUGUGUACCAACAUCCAGUGAAAAUACAGAGCAUUUAUUAGGUGUUGUAAAAACUGAACCACGAUUGCAUAGUCCCAUGGGGAUGUCAUCAACUGUGGGGGUAACUGUAUCGAGUGCGGGUGGUUUAGUGGGAGGUAGUGUUGUUAAAACUGAAUUAUUAGCACCAGUUAGUACGACAUCGCAUCAUGCGAGUAGUAACGGGUUAUUUAGUGGUAUUGCCAGUAGUAAUAAACGACCUCGACCCGAUGACUGGUUAACAACGACAAGUCCCGGUACGAUACCGGGUUCAGCGUCUGGCCCACCGUUAACACCAUCACCAGGACCCCCAGGACAUUCGUUUACAGUGAUUUCGAAUGGAUAUUCGUCACCAAUGUCUAGUGGCAGCUAUGAUCCUUAUAGUCCAAAUGGAAAAAUAGGAAGGGAAGAUUUAUCACCACCAAGCAGUCUAAAUGGAUAUAGUGCGGACAGCUGCGAUGCGAAAAAGAAAAAAGGACCGGCACCUAGACAGCAGGAAGAAUUAUGUUUAGUGUGUGGAGACAGGGCUUCAGGGUAUCAUUAUAAUGCGCUUACGUGUGAAGGAUGUAAAGGGUUCUUUCGAAGAAGUAUUACAAAGAAUGCAGUAUACCAAUGUAAAUAUGGUAAUAAUUGUGAAAUAGAUAUGUAUAUGCGACGUAAAUGUCAAGAAUGUCGCCUUAAGAAGUGCCUAAAUGUUGGAAUGCGACCAGAAUGUGUUGUACCUGAAGUACAAUGUGCUGUUAAACGGAAAGAGAAGAAAGCACAAAAGGAAAAGGAUAAACCAAAUUCAACAACAAACGGUUCACCAGAAAUGAUACGAAUGGAUGGUUCAAAUCGGUUGGAUUCGGAUAAAUUAUAUUCUGUAAAUGGGGCAAAACCUACACCAGAACAGGACGAAUUAAUACAUAGGCUAGUUUACUAUCAAGCAGAAUACGAGCAACCUUCCGAAGAAGAUCUUAAGAAAAUCACGAAUCAACCAACCGAUUCCGAAGACCCAAGUGAUGUACGAUUUAGAACGAUUACAGAAGUAACGAUUUUAACAGUACAAUUAAUAGUUGAAUUUGCAAAACGAUUACCUGGUUUCGAUAAACUACUUAGGGACGAUCAAAUUGCAUUAUUAAAGGCUUGUUCAAGUGAAGUCAUGAUGUUACGUAUGGCUAGGUGCUACGAUGCAAAAUCCGAUUCGAUUAUGUUUGCAAAUAAUCAGCCAUACACUAGGGAUAGUUAUUAUUUAGCUGGUAUGGGGGAAACAGUCGACGAUUUACUGCGAUUUUGUCGGAAUAUGUAUGCGAUGAAGGUCGAUAAUGCAGAGUAUGCUUUAUUAACGGCGAUUGUUAUUUUCUCAGAACGGCCUGAAGUGGUAGAAGGUUGGAAAGUAGAAAAAAUCCAAGAAAUAUACUUGGAAGCUCUGAAAGCAUACGUGGAUAACCGUCGACGGCCGAAACCUGGUCCAAUAUUUGCAAAAUUAUUAUCCGUACUAACUGAAUUGCGAACACUUGGUAAUCAAAAUUACGAAAUGUGUUUCGCACUAAAAUUAAAGAAUAAAAAAUUACCAGCAUUUUUGGCUGAAAUUUGGGAUGUUGAUGUGAAAUCGUAGUAGUAACCGCACACCGAUUUUUAAAACCAUGUGAUUUUUAUUUCCCAUCAUCAGUGUGAGGUGGUGGGUUUGGGGUCGUCUUAGCAAGCGAGGAAAAUUUAUGUUUUUCUUUUUAAUUUUAGUAAAGUGGGGUAUAUAUUUUAUUCAAGUUUUCCUCGAACCUUUUUUGGGCGAAGAAGCAAAAAUAUUUGUGGGUGAAAAAAACAUAAUAUUAUAAUGUCACCAAUUUCGAUGCUGGCUGUGAAAUUAAAAAAAAAAUGAAGGUAUGAAGUGAUAUAUUUAAAAAAAAACAAAAAAAAAACUUAGCGUACAUGCGCAGAAGAAACUUUAUUAACCAGUGAAAUUUAAAAAAUUGUUAUUUAAAAAAAUAUAAAAAUAUAUUUAAAAUAAGUGUAAUAAUGUGUAAGGUCCGUCUUCGAAAUGAACAAGGAUAUACUUGGAACUUAAUCAAAAUUAGCUUGGAGUCAUUUAUCAUGUUCCUCGACCCUUAUAUGGUUACAGAUUACAGAUCACCAACCCUUAUAUGGUUUAUUUUGUUGCAAGAUCCUAGUUUAUCCUUCGUGGAAGACGGGUCUUAAUCAGAAUAAUAAUGUUUACAAUUAUUUAUAAAAUAACAGACCGUUUUAUUUUAAUUUUUUAAACUUUCUUUUUUUUUGGCAAACCAAAAAAAAAAAGAAAAAUUUUUGUCGCAACAUAUACUUAAAAAAAAAAAUUAUAUACAUUUUAAUUAUGUAAUUGUAAAAGACUGGGUGUAAAAAAUUGAUAUAGUAGCGGUAACAGAGGUGCCUUUCAUGCGACGUCGGCAGGGGUGGUGUGCACACGCGUGUCGUAGUGCUACGCCCCCGUAGUGAUAAUAUUACAAAAACACAAAAAAAUAUUAUUAAACACAUAUAAACAAAAUUAUAUAGAAGAAACGAAAAAAAACAAAUUAAUAAAAAAGCAG